AGCACGCUGGAGCUUUCCUGUCUUGGGAGCCUGGCCUUGUCUCUUUCCUGCUCUGCCAUGUCGGAGACAGCCGCCUGGGGACUCCAAUCGUCAUUGGGGUUCCCUGCCUUGGACUCUCUGAACUUAAGGGUGUCCGUUCCCGAGCACUGAGCCAACCAGGCUUUGGAAGAGUUCCUUAUCCCCACCCAUGGAGGGCCCAGCAGUGUCUGCCUCCCACCCCACGGUCACCGAGAGCCCCAUGUGACUGUCUGAGGCAGAUGUUUCCUGCCCCCAGGGGAAGGCUGUGUCAGUGCCCAGGCAAGUCCCAGAGUUGACAUCUCCCUGCCCAGCCAUGGGUCCCAACCUGUUCCUGCCGCUGCUCCUGGGACUAGCAGGCCAGGGCUCAGCUGGCAGCUUCCCCGAGGUGCUGCAGGCACAGGUGGGGGGCUCCAUCCGGGUGCAGUGUCUCUACCGACUCCAGGACAUCAGGGCUCGGAAGGUGUGGUGCCGGUUCAUGCCUGACGGGUGCCAGCCCUUGGUGUCCUCAGCUGUGGAUCGCAGAGCCCCAGGGCACAGCCGCGCCUUUCUCACUGACCUGGGCAGCGGCCUGCUCCAGGUGGAGAUGAUUGCCUUGCGGGAGGACGAUGCCGGGGAGUAUGGCUGCGUGGUGGAGGGACCCACUGGACCCCAGACGUUGCACAGAAUUGCUCUGGACAUCCUCCCUGCAGCCCCUGGCCUGAAAGAGGAAGACGAGACCUACAACAUUGGCAGUCUGGCCGACAGCUCCUCCUCAGACCCUGCAGGCAGUGCCAGCCCUCUGGAACCCAGCAAGGACGACAAGAGAGCUGCACUCCUGUGCCACUGCUCUGGGAUUCCUGGCAAGCAGCUCCCGACUGGGUUCAGGGCCAAGCUCUUCUGUCCCUUUGUGUCCCUCAGCAUCCCCUUGAUCUGGGGCACUGUGGUCCUGCUGGGCCUGCUGGUGGCUGCGGUGGUGCUAUUUGCUGUGAUGGCCAAAAGGAAAGCAAACAGGCGCGGUGUUUGUGGCCGAUCCCAGAGCAGUGGAAUUUCACACAUGGUGCCCUCCUCAGCGCUCCACACCACCAGUGACUCUGGACCGGCUGCAGAUGUGCCGUUGGGCGUACCAUAUGUGAGGCUCGACUCACCGCCUUCCUUUGACAAUACCACCUACAGCAGCCUACCUGAGCCCCCAUCAGGGAAAACCCCACCCCCAGCCCCGUCCUCACUGCCCCCUCUGCCUUCCAAGGUCCUGAUUUCUUCCAACCCUGUGACAUAUGCCACAGUCAUCUUCCCUGGAGGGGACAAAGGUGGCAGGGCCUCCCGGGAGCCAGCCCUAGAUGCUGCUAAUAGCCAGACGCUACCUCUACCUAGCUGAGCUGCUCACCACACUGUGCGCUCACAGAGACCGCCCCGGGGCUCCUUCUGUGCCCCCACUCACCCCGUCAGCCCAGGCCCUAGAUCCUCAGCACAUCAGAGCAACGAGGUGACUUUAGGAUCUAAUCUAUGUCUUGACAUUCUGACCUAAAAAGUGAUGAUUGGGUGUGACUGAGGUAUCUUGGGGGAGCCUUCCCCACCCCCCCACCCCCAUGCUGGUUCCUCUGCCAUUACACCACUGAGCGAAAUAAAC